AUGGACGCUGAGCAGUUCCAUGAUCUCGUUGCCGAGCACCUGAAGAGCGUCCUCGAUCCGAAAACGGCCGCCACGUACAGAAAGAAAGCUGCGAGCGCGUGCAAUUCCGCGCUUUUCGAGAAACUUGUGGGGAAGCGGAAAGGUGAACCCUUGAAUCACGCUGCGAAAAAAGCCCGGCAGGCAGCUUCAAGCGACUCCGACAGUGAUUCCGAGGAAGAAGCUCCGAAGAAAGCGGCUCAACCACCGGUGAAAAAACCCGGACCACCCCAGAAGAAAUCCUCGGAUUCUGAUGACAUAUCAUCGGACGACGAUGAGCCUCCGAAGAAGACCCCCGCUAAAACGGUCGCGGCCAAGGCACCAGCGAAAAAGAAGGAAUCUAGCUCGGAGGAUUCCUCAUCCAAUGAUGAAGCCCCCAAGGGCAAACCGGCUAAACCUGUCUCUGUAAAGGCUCCGGCCAAGAAUAAGGAUUCCAGCUCGGAAGAGUCUUCGGACGACGACGAACGGCCGGCCAAGGCACCUGUUGCCACGGCAGCGAAGAAGCCAGCCAAGAAGGACUCAGACUCCUCUGAAGAGUCGUCGUCCGAAGAUGCGGCUCCCCCGAAAGGGAAGGCGACCCCAGGCAAACAGGUCGCCAAAAAACCCGCGAAAGCCGAUGAGACUUCCGAUGAUUCAUCUUCAGACGGAGAAGCAGCCACGGCGGCCAAGAAAGCGCCCGUCAAAGCAACGCCAGCCAAAGCAAAGGCGGACAGCAGUGGAUCGUCCUCAGAGGAAGAGCAGAGCUCUGCUAAGCUCACACCCUUGAAGACGCUGGCGAAAGAGGCCGAUAUGAGUGACUCGGACGAUUCUUCGGAGGAUGAACGCCCUCAAACGAAGAAAGCCCCUGUGAAGACCCCCGUGAAAACCCCCGUGAAAACCCCGGCUAAAUUGCCGUCGAAGAAGGCCGACAGCAGCUUAGACGACACCUCGAGCGAUGAAGACGUCCCUGCGAAGAAAGCUGUCGGCAAGGUGACAUCGGCUAAACCUGCUGCGAAGGCCGACAGCAGUGAGUCCGAUGAUUCUUCCGAUGAGGAAGCGAGCCAACCGCCCAAGAAAGUCCCCGCUAAGGCGACCCCGCCCAAGAAAGCGAGCGCUAAAAAAGAUAGCAGUAGUUCGGGAGACUCCUCCGAUGAGAUAGAGAGUGCCGUGACGAAAGUUGCUGCGAAGCCCACAACUGCAAAACAGGCAGUGAAGAAAGACUCCAGCUCUGAGAGCUCAUCGGAAGAUGAAGAAGCUCCGAAGAAGCCGGCGAAUAAGACCGGACCCGUAGCGAAACCCACGAAGAAAGAUAGCAGCUCAGAAUCUUCUUCCGAUGAGGAGACUGCACCUUCGAAAUCUGCUCCCGUGAAGAAAACAGUUUCUAAAGCACCCACGAAGAAGGACAGCAGCUCUGAGGAGUCUUCCGAUGACGAAGAACCCGCUCCGAAGACCACGGUUGCAUCGAAAGUCACCCCCGCGAAGAAGGUCGCGAAGAAAGCCAGCAGCAGUGAGGAAUCCUCUUCGGAUGAAGAGGGAGCUCCCAAGAAAACGAUUCCAGUGAAAACUCCGGCGAAAAAGAAGGACUCCAGCUCGGAGGAUUCUUCGUCAGAUGAGCAUGAGGCCCCCAAAAAGACACCCGCGAAACCGGCCCCGGUAAAAACGCCCAUCAAGAAGAGGGAAUCCAGCUCCGAAGAUACAUCUUCGUCGGAGGAGGAGGAGGAGGCUCCUAAGAAACAGAGCUCGAAAGCGGCUCCCUUGAAGACGCCGGCAAAGAAGGAUGAAUCUGAUUCGGACGAUUCGGACGACGAAGGGAUGGGUGCUGCAAAUAAGUUACCCGUCAAAGCCACUCCUAUAAAAACACCAGCCAAGGAGGAUUCCAGUUCCGAAGAUUCGUCCUCGAACGAGGAAGAGAAGGCCUCCGAGAAAGCUCCGGCUAAGCCUACUCCUCUCAAGACUCCAGCGAAGAAGAAGGAGUCGAGCUCUGAGGAUUCUUCCGACGAAGAGGAGGAAGCUCCCAAGAAAACACCGGCUAAACCAACGCCUCUGAAAACUCCAGCGAAAAAGAGGACAAGCUCUGAGGAUUCUUCCGAGGAGGAGGAGACUCAAAAAACACCGGCCAAAGCCACACCCUUAAAAACUCCAGCGAAAAAGAAGGAUUCCAGCUCUGAUGAUUCUUCCGAGGAAGAGGACCUCCCCAAGAAAACACCGGCCAAAGCCGCUCCCGUGAAGACUCCUGCGAAGAAGGAGGAUUCGAGCUCUGAUGAUUCUUCCGAGGAGGAGGAGGCUCCUAAAAAACACCGGCCAAAGCCACCCUUGAAAACUCCGGCCAAAGCCACUCCCUUAAAAACUCCGGCGAAAAAUAAGGACUCCAGCUCUGAUGAUUCUUCAGAGGAAGAGGUCCUCCCCAAGAAAACACCAGCCAAAGCCACUCCCGUGAAGACUCCUGCGAAGAAGCAGUACUCGAGCUCCGAUGAUUCUUCCGAGGACGAGGAGGUUCCCAAGAAAACACCGGCGAAACCCACUCCUCUGAAAACUCCUGCGAAAAAGCAGGACUCGAGCUCUGAUGAUUCUUCCGAGGACGAGGAGGCUCCCAAGAAAACGCCGGCAAAACCCACUCCUCUUAAGACGCCAGCGAGUAAGGAGGACUCGAGCUCCGGGGAAUCUUCCGAGGAAGAGGAAACGGCUCCCGUUCGGAAAACUCCUGCGAAAGCUACCCCUCCGGCAAAGAAAGAAACAUCGUCAGACGACUCGUCUUCUGAAGGAGUCGCCGCCAAAACUCCAGUGGUCAAACCAACAUCUCAGAAAACGCCUGCCAGAGCCGCGGCGAAGAAGGACAGCAGUAGCUCCGAUGACUCGUCGGCGGAUGAAGCUCCGAAAGUGGUCGCGAAAGGCCCGGUCAGAGUUCCUGCGAAGAAGGCCGAGUCCGACUCGGAUGACUCUUCGGAUGAGGACCAAGCUCAAGCGAAAACUCCGGUGAAGACUCCGAUCAAGACGCCCGUGAAGACUCCCGCGAAGCGAGAUUCAUCUUCGGAGGACGAUUCCUCGGAAGAGGAGACAGUGGUAAAGAAACCCCUAGCUAACGGGAAAUCCCCAGUUGUGAAGAAAAAAGCAGAUGCGAGUACUGACUAUUCCGAGAGCGACGAUGGACCACCUGCCGCCAAGAAAACCACUCCGGCGAUUACGAGUGGGAGCGCAAUAAAGAGACCUCGAGAGAGCGACAGCGAUGAGGACAGCGAGGAAGACGAGGCUCCUCCGAAAACCGCGAACGGCGGUCUCAAGAGGAAAGCGGGCGAAGUCGAAGGUGGCUCGAACGAGAGUGAGGUAGACGCCCCACCACACAAGCAGAAAGCCGGUGUACGACCUCCAAACAUUUUCAACACUGACGAGCCGGAUAAUCGUCCGAAAAAUUCUCCGUAUCGCCGCGUCCGUGCAGAAGAGGUCAAAGUAGAUCCUCGUCUCGCUGACAAUUCUUACGACGCGAAGAGGAACGCUCAGGGCUCCAACUUCGGCGCGAAGGCCCAUCAGGUCCUGAAGCAGGUGAAAGGGAGGGAUUUCAGGCAUGAGAAGACGAAGAAGAAGAGAGGAACCUACAGUGGAGGCUUAAUCGAUAUGGGAGUAAAUUCCAUACGCUUUGAUUCGGAAUAGGGAACUUUGUUCAAACCUACCCGGUGUCUCUUGGGCAUCAAAAUGUGGUUUGAAUCAUCAACGAAUGAAGGACCUCCGGUUCUCUUCCGCGGUGACGUGUACGAUAAAAUCGCCUGAACUGUAGUUCGAUUGGAGCGACUCAGGGUUCACGGAGGACCCAUAAAAAGAAAAUAUCAACCAAACUCCAUUCUAAUUCGCUCCUUCUUUCUGCAUCAAUUGUAUCGUGCACGAUCCGCAUCUGCCCCGAUUGGAAAACUCAACGAAUUCUGAUCUGAAAACACGGUUAAGAAAAAUAAAUGGAGGUCGGGGGUCACGUGUUAACAACCCUAGUUUCAUUGAAUCCGGACGCAGGCCUGUAAAUAAAGCUCGGCACGCGUUGUCGUCUGUGGGAGUUUCAACCUAUUCCGAUGGCAGUAUCAAGAUUAUUUGUUUUUCGAUUCCGGCUAUCUUGAUAGCUUUUGGAUGGGAUCGUUCAGAUUGCCUGAGCUCCGGAUUCACGGAGUCGGGGAGCUUUCUCUUGAGCACAUGCCGUUCU